AUGGUCUUCAGCGCCUCCAGCUUAGCUCCCUGUCGAAAUGUUGCCAUGUUGCUGAUAGAUCUUCUGCUCCGCCUUUUCGACUCGAAAUGCUGCCAUGUUGCUGACAAAUCCUCGCGCUGCCAGCCAAGGAGCGGGUUCCGAAUCGCGAUGCAGCAGCCUGAAGCGGGCGGCAAUGCCACCCGUCUCAACAAAAAAAAUAACUUUUCAAACUCCGACCAGGGCUGCACAAUUCAAAAGGCGCAGCGAUUUGCUGCCAGCGAAGCACCAAAAGCUAAAGGAGCUGCAGCACCGGGCAGUCGUUGCCUCGCUCGCACAUCGCUUGUCAUGGAUCUCCGGCGAGCCGCUCAGCCUUUAACUCACAUCACGUGUACAUGUAAUGCAGGCUGGUUGCUGGAGUCCAGCCUGGACGCCCGCGCUGAGCCGCUGCGCGCGCCUGUUGACGCGCUGCUUGUCAUGGAAGGGAAAGUUCCGAGCACACGAACUGCUGUUCAUGAUCGACUCGAGAAGAGGGAGCGCCGCCCGACUCGGGCCCCGAUCGGGGCGAGAGCGCCUUACACCUUGCCUACAAAUACAACAGCUAGACACGCGCGAACCGGAUACGGGGAUGCUCCUAGAGGCGGGCCCAAGUCUAGGGCCGCCCAAGGAGGAUGGGGUCAUGCUCACAUGAGCGAGUUGUUGCACGGAGGGAUGGGCGAGGAGCACAGCGCUCCGUCUCGGUUGACGGAUGGCCGGCCGCCCGCUUCAGUGCCGCGCAUCCUUCCACCUUCAGUUAAUAACAUGCGAGGCGGCAAGCCCAUCCGCCGCGCCGGCACACGUUGCCUUCGGACGGCGAAGCCAGCAGCUACACAUGCAUUUUAG